AUGAUGGAUGCCGAAAAGAAGGGAGCAAACGCUCCGGACCUUCAUGACUCUAGCUCUUCGCUGAACGACCGAGGCCAGAUUUCUGCCAUUCAACUUUCCGAAUAUGGAGUUCAUAGAGGGUUGCAGUCGCAUCACAUCCAAUUACUGGCAAUUUCUGGGGUCAUUGGAACAGGUCUUUUCGUUGGCACAUCGGGCGUGCUUAGUAGUGCUGGACCCGCUGGCCUUCUCAUCGGAUACUCCAUUUGGUGCAUUUUUCUUCUUUGCGUUGCUCACGCCAUGGGAGAAAUGUCGGCAUUUUUACCUGUCCCAGGCUCAUUCGUCACACACAUUGGACGGUUCGUUGAUGAAAGUGCCGGUGUGGCCAUGGGAUGGGUGUACGCAUACAGGAUUUUCACCGCCGCCGAUUGCACUGCCUUGGCUGGCCUUUGGUCUUACUGGUUCCCGGAUAUCAACCCCGGCGUCUGGGUAGCCUGCACAUUAGGAGUCGUUUUCGUUCUCAACUGCCUUGCGGUCAAGUACUUUGGUGAGGUAGAGUUCUAUGCUUCAAUCUUCAAGAUCUUCCUGAUCUUUGGUUUUUUGCUGUUCACCUUCGUCGUUGUCCUCGGCGGCAAUCCUAAACACGACCGCAUCGGCUUCAGAUACUGGAGAGACCCUGGGGCUUUCAACGAGACAUACACAACGGGAACCACAGGCCGAUUCUUAUCCAUCUGGGGGGUCUUCAACACGGCGGCUUUUGCCAUCGGCGGCCCUGACUUCAUUGCCAACUGCGCAUCGGAGGCCGUCAACCCGCGCCGCAAUAUCCCCAAAGCUGUCAGGCGUGUUAUCUAUCGGUUGAUCUUCUUCUUUAUUCUCUCAGUCUUCGCAGUUGGGCUGCUAGUACCGUACAAUGACCCCACCAUGCUCACGGCCAUCGCAAGUGACAAUGGAGUUGCCAAGUCGCCUUUCAUCAUUGCAAUGAACAGACUUGAAAUAUCUUUCCUUCCUGAUCUUUGUAAUGCAGUUGUCAUCACAUCUGCUUGGGGUUGUACAAACUGUCUCCUUUUCCAGGCAUCACGAACCGUAUUUGGUCUCGCCAAACAUGGAAGAGCACCCAAAAUCUUUGCCAAAACAACAAAGACAGGAGUUCCCAUUCCGGCAUUGGUCCUGUCUACCGCCGUUGCUUCUCUUGCCUUCAUGACUUGCAAUACCGCUUCUGCUGUCGUUCUAAAUUGGUUUAUCAAUCUGGGAUCCACAGCUAUCAUGGUUGCUUACAUUCUCAUGAUGGUGGCAAACCUUCAGUUUCAUAAAGGCCUCGUGGCGCAGGGAAUCGAUGCCGCAGCCUACUCCAACUACUUCGCCAUCUUCUGGGUCGGCAUUAUCCUGCUUACGAAUGGCUAUGGCAAGUCGAGACCGGACAACCUCUAG